GUGGUUCCUGAGAAAAAAGUACCUGUUACUCCUUCUCAAAACCACGAAGAUCCUCCUGCCGCAGCACAUGAAGUUCAAGGUCAACUUGGAGAUGAUCGUAUUCCUGGUUCUCGUGUCGGAACUGCUGAAACGGGUGACGCUGCUCUUCGUGGUCAAGAUGGUGAGACCGGCUCUUCCGGUUCUUCUUCUGGUGCUUCUGGUAAUGAUGUUAUUCCAGCACCUACUGAACCUACUGGACCUAGGGCAGAUCCCACU